UUCCCACCCUAUCAACAGCUGCUGUACUAACAGCAUAUUUCUGUCGGAGUUGGGUAUGAAAGGAGGGUGGGAAUGAUGACCGGCCACUCAGACUCUUAGACCACCUCAUAUAGAAUCAACAGUUGACAGUUCCACUUUUAUCACACAAAGUCUUUAUUUCCAUUAACCAUCUUGGGUCUUUUAAUGGAUUCUAAGCUCCUAAUUGGACAGGGGUUCUCGACAACGGACCCGAUUGCCCAUGCACCCUGGAAUAUCACCUCCAUAAGCCCGCACCAGCUCAUGGAGCUAUCGCCGAUGGCUACAUCUGGUUCCAUGGUCAGAGACUACCCAUUUCCAACUGUAGAUGUCCCAGACCAUGCUCACUACACUAUUGGUGUAGUCAUCCUUGCUGUAGGCAUCACAGGCUUGCUGGGAAACUUCCUGGUCAUAUAUGCUUUUUGCAGGAGCCGAAGCCUGCGGACACCAUCCAACAUUUUCAUUAUUAAUCUGGCAGUCACAGAUUUCCUCAUGUGUCUCACGCAGACACCCAUCUUCUUCAUUACCAGCAUGCACAAACAUUGGAUCUUUGGAAAGAAAGGUUGUGAGCUGUAUGCCUUCUGUGGAGCGCUGUUUGGUAUCUGCAGUAUGAUGACACUGAUGGUGAUUGCAGUGGACCGGUACGUGGUGAUCACCAGGCCUCUGGCUUCCCUGGGAGUGAUGUCUCGUAAGAAAGCAUUUACCACCGUGGCUGCUGCCUGGGUCUACUCGAUGGGCUGGAGUCUGCCGCCCUUCUUUGGCUGGAGUGCCUACGUCCCAGAGGGUCUGAUGACGUCUUGUUCCUGGGACUACAUGACGUUCACCCCUUCCGUCCGCUCCUACACCAUGCUGCUCUUUAUCUUUGUCUUCUUCAUCCCUCUCUUUGUCAUCAUCUUCUGCUACUGCUGCAUCUUCAGAGCCAUCCGACACACAACGCGAGCGAUAACAAAGAUCAACUGCGAGGGGACCAGAGACUCUGCAAAGAGGUUCCAUAAAAUGAAGAGCGAAUGGAGGAUGGCCAAAAUUGCACUCAUCGUCAUCCUGCUGUUUGUCAUCUCCUGGGCCCCUUACUCCUGCGCAGCCCUCACUGCAUUUGCUGGGUACGCAGACUUGUUAACGCCCUAUAUGAACUCUGUUCCUGCUGUGAUUGCCAAAGCAUCUGCUAUCCACAACCCCAUCAUAUAUGCCAUAACACAUCCUAAAUACAGGUCAGCAAUCAGCAGGUACAUUCCUUACCUCGGGGUACUUCUGUGCAUUACCGGCAGAGAUCGUUUCAGCAGCAGCAGCUUCCAGUCCACCCGUCGAUCAACCCUUACCAGCCAGUCAGAAUGCAAAGGCCCCAACAGGACUCAAAAUUCCUCCCAGUCUGAGAGUGAAUCAGCCCAGUUCUCAGACACGGAGGAAGACUACCCUUCUCGAACUCCUGCUAGCCGUCACUUGUCCAGUGAUGUCAAACAGGUGCGUCACGCCAGCCAGAGGUCAAAGGUGAGAGGCUAUAACACAGAGUACGAGAGAACUGCUCCUCACAGCCCCGCUGAUUCGGCCAUAUGUCACCUUUCACCAGUCACUGCUCUGACAGAACCUGAAGGCAUCUCCAUGUCGGACAUCAGUCUACAGCCAGCCAGCCAUCUGCCAGCUUCUCCAGAUAUGAAGGAGUCAGGGCCACGGACUGUAUGCAAGACCACAUCAUCGGUCAUCGUCACCUCCAUAUCCAGCCCGUCGAUACUGCAUAGUCCCCCAGGUUACCAUGGCAACUUCAAACUGACCAAAAGCCACAGCCCAGUUGCCAAGGAAACCCUUGACAUAGCCAUACUGGAGACAACAGCUUCACCAUAAACAGCAGGACAGAAGUGCAAGAGUGUGAAACUGUGUGUACGUGUGCUUCACUAUUUCUCCCCUAAUAGGAACUUUUUGUACUAGCAUGCUGUUUGCGAGUUGUGGGGACCAUAGCGUUGUUUUCAUGCAUGCGGUGUAUAAGUAUGUGAGAGCGAAUGCCCAGUAUUUAUGCAUGUGUUUGCACUCAUAUGGGUUUUGCCGUUUCUGACAUAUCAUGGUGGCUGGAGAUCGUUUACCUCAGAGCUGUAAGCAACAAAUUAGCCUUAAAAACAACAUGUGAAAGGUAUGGAAGCUUGUUUCCACCGCUAAAAAAAUAAAAACAAUUUUGCUAUCCAUAACUCAAAAUUUUGACUUAUUAAAUCAAAGUUUCAAAAGUUUUCUCAAAAUUUUGAGAAAAUAACUCAAAGUUCUGAGUUAUUAAUUUGAAAUCUCAAGGUGUGGAUGUCAAUUUUGAUUUUGAUUUUUUUAGUGGCGGAAACAAGCUUCCAUAGAACGGUGGUGCCGCACUUAGAGCAUAACUGGUUUUUGGUUCACCUUCUGGUCAUACUAGUCAUCUCAUCUCAUCUCCAGUCUGGUCAUCUCAUACUUGAGAUUUAAAAAAUUUGAUGUAUUUUCUGAUUAUUUUCUAUUUCAAAGCAAAAGAUAAGUAUUCUUUAUCUAUAGAAGUUGACUGGUUGCUGGUUCAAUACUGUUACAACUGGAAGCAUUAAAAAAUGUUGCGAUUUUAUUUUUGCAUAGUGUUUAUGUUAAUACAUUCCCACUCAGAAGUGUCACAAUCAUACUUCUGAAUUAAGAACUUAUUAUUGGAAAUGAAAAGCAUGUUUUCAAGCCAAUCUUCUCUUACACUAAAAUAGAAUUCGAUCUCUUGUUUUUCUUUGUACAGUGGUUGCAGAUCUAAAGAAUGUACUACAAAAUAAUGUUGUCAAAGAUGGAUCAGGCAUUUUUUUAAUAUUCAAGCUGAAACAAAUGACUGCUGAUUAUGUGUAAGAACUUGCCACACUACUGAUCUCACUAAAAUCAGCAUGUUUUAGAUUUAAACCAUGUUGUAGUGUUCAGCUCCUGCUCCAUCUGCACCUACACAGUGUCUGUUGAAAAGGUUUGUGUGUUGAAACCUGCUGAAACAUCAAAAUGAUAUUUUAAAAAAAAAAUCUAGUUUGUAAAAAUGCAAAUGCAGUGUCCUCCAAAAUUAGGAAUCAGCCUAUGAAAACGAUGAAAAAUGUUGUGACUCUGUGCAAUCAGCGCAAAAACCUCACCGACACCCACCACUACCCCCCUUCAAGAUCCUCCUAUUGAGCACCCAUGGACUGCUUUCAGCUCUGCUGCUAUUUAGUUUUCAACUGCAUGAAUGUCUUAAAGACAUAAAGACCUGGAUGACCUCUAAUUUUCUGCUUCUAAAUUCAGAUAAAACUGAAGUUCUGACAGGGACUAGAAAGAGAGAGCAUAUUUCUCCCAUAUUGGCUUCUCUUCGUUGGCUCCCUGUUAAAUCCAGAAUAGAAUUUAAAAUUCUUCUCCUCCCAUAGAAGGUCUUGAAUAAUCAGGCUUCAUCCUUUCUUAAAGACCUCACUGUAACACAAUCACCCCAUAAGAGCACUUCACUCUGUAAGUAAGCACUGUAGGCUUACUUGUGGUUCCUAAGAUAUUUUAAAGUAGAAUUGGAGGCAGAGCCUUCAGGUUUCAGGCACCUCUUCUGUGCAACCAGCUCCCACUUUGGAUUCAGGAGACAGACACCCUCUCUGUGUUUA